AAGAUAACAAAUCCUCGCCACUCAUCUGCCCCCCUCUCUCUCUCUCUCUCUCUCUCUUCUGUAAUUAACUCUCUCUCUCUCUCUCUAACUUCAUCUUCUUCCUCAUCAUGAUGUUCAUGAUCUUCAUUCAUUCAUGUUCACGUUGGUCUUGACUGAACCUGACACUCAUCUCCCUCUCACUGCGCUCUGCUCUGCUCUGCUUUCUCCCUGUCAGAGAUUUUGUUCCUUUUCACUUAAAAUUUUCCUUCCUCUUUCCGAUUCUCUCUCUCUCUCUCUCUUCCGAGCUUUCUCUGUAUACCUCGAUCAUGCUUCAUAGCUCCUCUCUUGUCCCCAUCACCUCUGCUCCUAACCUCCAGUCCUCAUCCUCUUCCACCAUGAAGUCCAAGCGCCCCGCCGAACGCGACUUCCCGCGCUCCGGCGAUUCGUCCGGCGACGACCCCUCCUCCAAGCGCCCCAACAUCUCCGGCGACGCCAGCGUGUCCGGUGAGAAGGCAGCCGACGACCAUGACCAGGAGGCUGCCGAGCCCGACUCGGAGGCGGCGGAGGCUGAGGGCGAGUCGACCGGGCUUCGGCUCCUCGGCCUCCUCCUGCAAUGCGCCGAGUGCGUGGCAAUGGACAAUCUCGAGGACGCCACCGACCUACUCCCGGAGAUAUCCGUCCUGUCUUCGCCGUUCGGGUCGUCGCCGGAGCGGGUGGCGGCAUACUUUGCGCACGCGCUGCAGGCCCGCGUGGUGAGCUCGUGCCUCGGCACCUACUCCCCGCUGGCCACCAGGGACCUGACCCUGACGCAGUCGCAGAAGAUCUUCACGGCCUUGCAGUCCUACAACUCCAUCUGCCCUCUCAUCAAGUUCACCCAUUUCACGGCCAAUCAGGCCAUCUUCCAGGCCCUCGAAGGCGAGGACCGUGUCCACGUUGUCGACCUCGACAUCAUGCAGGGCCUCCAAUGGCCGGGAUUGUUCCAAAUCCUCUCCUCCCGGUCCCGGAAGAUCCGGUCCAUGCGUGUCACCGGGUUCGGCCCCUCCUUGGAGCUGCUAGAAUCCACGGGCCGGCAGCUCGCCGACUUCGCGGGCUCCUUCGGCCUGCCCUUCGAGUUCAACCCCAUCGAAGGCAAGAUUGGGAACCUGGCCGACCUGGCCCAGCUUGGGGUGCGGCCGGGCGAGGCCACGGUGGUGCACUGGAUGCACCACUGCCUGUAUGACAUCACGGGGAGCGACCUCGGGGCGCUGAGGCUGCUGGGCCAGGCCAGGCCCAAGCUGAUCACGAUCGUCGAGCAGGACCUCAGCCACGGGGGCAGCUUCCUCGGCCGUUUUGUGGAGGCCCUCCACUACUACAGCGCGCUGUUCGAUGCGCUCGGGGACGGGCUCGAGGCCCACAGCGUGGAGCGGCAUGCGGUGGAGCAGCAGCUGUUCGGGAGCGAGAUCAGGAACAUUGUGGCCGUGGGCGGGCCCAAGCGGACGGGCGAGGUCAAGGUCGAGCGGUGGGGGGAGGAGCUGGGCCGCGUCGGGUUCAGGCCCGUAUCGCUCGGCGGCAGCCCCGCUGCCCAGGCGAGCCUGCUGCUGGGGAUGUUCCCGUGGAAGGGCUACACGCUGGUGGAGGAGAGCGGGGGCUUGAAGCUGGGAUGGAAGGACUUGUCUCUGUUGACGGCCUCGGCGUGGGAACCGUCCGAUUGAAUGACUUAGACUGGGAGGGUCGGGUCGGGUCCAACCCGAUCAGUUUGACUUGAAGCGGACUUGGGUGCCGUCCGGUCGGGGAGAACAUUGACUUGAACGAACGGCUGAGAUCGGCCGUUGAGGUGGGGGGCCGGAAGUGUAGAGGAUGGAGGGUCACGGGGCAGGUGAUGAAAUUGAUGAUGAUGUGAGGAUGGAACGGUGAUCCCGAAGUGGGGAAUCCUUCGUUCACUUCGUCCUUUUUUUUCCUAAUUAAUUAUAAUUUUUUUUAGUGUAAUUCUUUUUGGGAAGAAAGUAAUUUGUAUUUAUUAAGUGGCAAAAAUAAAAAAAGGAACAAUUCUGGGAAGGAACGGAAUAAUAAUAAUAAUUUAGGUGGAAA